AUGACAAGCACUGACGGUGUAGAGCUUCCUUGGAAAAUGGUGGCUAAAGGUAGCAGAAGUUCAACAAGGCGUAGCAAGAAAUCACUUGUAUCACCAGGCACAGUGGCAGGAGAAGAGCCUGAAAAGCUUGGCGUUCCUGUUCAAGGUCAGCAUUCCGCUGAAAAAGUAGAGCUUGUUCCCAUAAAGAAAAGGAGAUUUAUGGUUCGCUCUCCGUCACCUUCGAACAGGUCAUCUGCUCAACGUGAAGGCUCAGAGCAUAGAGCACAUAUCAGCCAUGAUUUGCCUGUUUCGAUACUAAACCCUAAAUUAAUUGAUGAAAGAACGUCAGACAUCCUUGAUGAAAAGCCUGAUUGCGGUGACCAUGACUUUUCUGGUAUCGAGAUACUUGCUACUGUUGCUUGCAGUUGCUCUGGAGAUAUGAUAGCGGCGGCUGAGAAAAUCAGCAAUGCUCUUUCAGAUGAAUCUUCAACAGAAAGGCCAAAGGCUAAUAUGGAAGCAGGUGAAAGUGGAAAUUUAGCACUGGAGAGUGGAGGAGCUGUUACGGUGUCAGACAAAUCUUUGGCAGAUGAUGCCUCUGAAAAGAACAAUGAAUGCCUCAAAGAUGUUAGGUUACACUGGGAUUUAAAUGUUUCAAUGGAUGCUUGGGGUCAACCUUGUGAUGCAGAAGAUGUAGCAUGUGGAAGAGAUGUGGAGGGAGAAAUUACAGAGUCUAUUGCCCCGAAAGAGAGUGAACCUAUUGAUGGGAGCAAGGACCAUAUGGUUGGGGUGAUUGCAUCAGAUGGGCAUGCAAAUUCUCAAUCACCAUCCGGGCCUAAGUCUGAGGCAGCUGCUCGAAAUGGUCAAGAGAGCCAAUCUGGUUAUGACUCCCAGUAUGAAGAUGGAGAGUUGAGGGAACCAUACCCGUGGGAAGAAACUGAGGGCGAUAUGGGAGAGAUUGAACAGGUGGAUUACGGGUCUGAACCAGAGGAUGAGAGAUUCUAUUGUAUGGUUGAAAGUAAUGACAACAAGAUGGAGGAUUUUGAGAAGGCAAUCUUGGGAGAGACGAAUUUUGGACCUGUAAAGUGUGAAUCUGGUGAUGCACCGAGAAUGGGGGAGUCUAAUGAAGGAAGUGACAUAGAGAAACAUGUUGUCGUUUGCAUGAAUGAUUCACAUCUGAAAAGGGGCUCUUCUUCUCCUUCAAGGAGUUUCGCGUCAAAACCUUUUAAGGACUUGUCUUCACAUGAUGCCAUCCAGAGGAGAAGGCAAGUUUGCUUUCCCUGA